UAAUCUGUGAAUUGCUCAAAACCCCUGUAAACUGCAACUUGUUGUCAUAUAUUCGGUUCCACUGCAGAUUGCCCCUAAGCUUCUUUGAGCUUUCCAAAACUAAACAGAAAUGGCAACCAUUACUGCUAGCACUGCAGCCUCGUCUGUCGUUAGGGCAAGCCUUGUGCACAAGCCAUCUGCUGGGGCUCCAUCCUCAACUGUUUUGGCUUUGCCGUCACUUGCGAGAAAGGGAAGAGUGAGCUGCUCUAUGGAAGGAAAGAAGGAGAGCAACUCAAACAUGGCCAAGGAUGGAUCUUUGGCGGCAGCAGUUAUGGCGGCGACCAUGUCAAGCCCCGCUAUGGCUUUGGUGGACGACAGAUUGAGCACCGAGGGAACAGGGCUUCCGUUCGGAUUGAGCAACAACCUUCUUGGUUGGAUCCUCUUUGGGGUGUUUGGUCUCAUCUGGGCACUCUACUUUAUCUAUACUUCCUCCCUUGAAGAGGACGAAGAGUCGGGACUGUCCCUCUAAGCCAAACACCAGUGUUCCUCAAAUGAUGGAGGAAUGUAAAGAUUUCUAGUUCAUGUUUUGUAGUAAAAGCUUCCCAUUUGUGGAUCAAAUCUUUGUACUUGUGUUAUCAACUAUUUUUAAGUCAUCAUCUGAGUUUUUCCG